AUGCUUAUCACCCAACCGUUUCCUACCGUACCCCUGCUGCCCCUUCUUGAGCUGAGGGCCCUGCUGAAACCAACGCAGUUCCCUCUCGAUAAAUAUUUGUCCUCUGAGGACAAUCAUAUACCCCCCAUACUUCGAAAUGCUCCCAGCCACCUUCGCAGUUGGCUCUUGAACAUCAUUAACGAGGAGGACAAAUCAUGGGUUCAAGAGCAUUACAAAGAAGUCAUCGAGGCCAUGCCUGUUCGACUCGAAUUGUGGGAAAAUAAUAUAAUUCUACAAAUACCAUCUCAAAUCCAUCAAUUUGCCGGUCGGGUCAUCCAGAGGGCGAUGGAUAAAUAUGAAUCUGGCACCCACUCUCUCACACUUAUGGAAACUGCUGAUGUCCCUCUUUCUGAUAAGCAUUGGAAACAGCUGUGGAUCGGCAUUGCCCUCAAUAUCGGCAAAGGCCAGAUGCCUGUCCUCACCGUCAGUGUCUUUUGGUUUGGGCUAGACUUGAUGUCAGAAGAGAAGGUUGCAGAAGAAAGGAUUGAAUCUGGUCAAGUGUAUGGCCGAUACGAGAGGCAUUGGGUACCGGUCACAUAUCAAGACCAAAGACGCUACAAUCAUUUCUUGGCCAUCGGGCCAGAGACAAUCGAAAAAAAUGGGGAACGUGGCAAACCGGUCUACUAUUGUGUGAAAAAGGAUUCCUGGGUAAUUACAGAGGACAAGCAUGGCCCUGAGCAAGAUAUCAUUAUCCAGGAGGGGUAUUAUAAGCAUGCUUAUAAGGACUAUGAUGCUCCUGCUCUGACUAUCCCUGCUGAUGAAUUGUGGAAAGCCCUGUUGAAAUGUAAAGAAGUAACAGGAGUGCUAAAAAGUGAUAUGGAGUCCUACAAAAAUACUGGUACCACUGGGGAACCCAAUGCUGAGGAUUCCGAGCCAAGUGAAAGGCGGCAGCAAUGGGUAGUUAUGGAGGUUGAUUUCGAUGCUCCUGUUCCCAAGAAGUUGAAACGAAGCCACUGA